UUUAGCUGGUCGGACCCAACCAGGAAGCGCGUCCCGGCUUUGACCUGCUCGCUGUUUGCUAUUAUAAAAUGGACCUGUAGCUGAAGACAGGAGUCAUGUUUAAUUUAAGGACCCUGCAGAGGAACAAAACAGUGAAAUAUGGAGUCCCUAUGCUGUUGCUGGUAGUCGGUGGUUCCUUUGGCCUGCGAGAGUUUACACAAAUCCGAUAUGAUGCCCAAAAGCUCCAAAGAAAGAUGGAUCCCACACUGGAGGCUAAAGUGAACAUGCAGAAGCAGUCGGUCAUACUGGAGGAGGAGUACGAGAAGUUAAAGGAGCUGAAACUGGACGAGUGGAAGAACAUCCGUGGUCCUCGUCCCUGGGAGGACUCCAAGGAGUACCAGGAUCAGCAGCGCAGUAAUCUGAGCAAAAACAACUGAGACUCAAGGAUGCCAGCAGUGGAGGCCGGAGAGCUCUGAAGACGCUGCUGAGCUUCAGGGACUUCAGACUUGUUGGGACACAUUCAGGACUGCUACUGGUUACAAUUACGCCACAUGAGCAAAGUCGGCCCCUUAAGUUCAGAUGAUUCUUCUAACUUUGUACACAAACGUAUGAAUCAGUCACCUGUUGGAGGUUCUUCUGCAGCCUGAUCAGGAGUUUGUGCUGACAAGCAGCCAGUAGGUGGCACAUCUGUGUCCUGCUGCACAGAGACCAAGGUGUGAUUUCCAUGUCUCAAUAAAUUAUUACUGUUGAUCCAAA